CAGGUUCUGUAAACCAUUUGCACCAAUCGAAGCGGACUUUAAACCCUAGGCCAAGCUUCGGAUUGCAAUAACAAUGGCAACGAUUACUGGUGUCAAUCUUCCUGUUGUCCCUAAGGGAGUUGGCCUUACCUCAGAGCCAUCAUCGAGGCCUCUUGCCCUUAAAGCAUCAUCCUUGAGCUGCCCCUGGAAGAGGCCUAUCAAAGUUGCCAGCAGCCGGAAGAUGAGGUCUGUGGUGGUGGCAGCAGCGCCCGACAGAAUAGAGAAGGUGGCAGAGAGCAUCAAGGAAGCAGAGGAGGCAUGCGCAGGUGGAGCGACAAGCGGGGAAUGUGCUGCAGCGUGGGACGAGGUGGAGGAGCUGAGCGCAGCUGCGAGCCAUGCCAAGGAAAGGAAGAAGGAAUCCGACCCACUUGAGACCUUCUGCAAGGACAACCCUGAGACCGACGAAUGCCGCACUUAUGACAACUAAGUUUCAUUCCCCUUUCGUUUUUGAACUUAUAUGUAUGGAUUCAACGAGUCCCGUGUAUAUUAUUCGGGAUUAUUUAGACUUGUAAACUACACAAAAGCUCGUGUUAUACUCCUUUAUUCAACAAGAAAAUACAGCAUAACAUAAACAUAAACUAAUGCA